CUUUCGGGGCCCUGCAUUCCUUGGCUGCCCCCUCGUAGUCGCGGUUCCCGGCGGUGGCAAGCUGUGUGCAUGGUGGCAGGAAGUGACCAGCAAAUCGCUUUGAACACUGUUCUACGAUUGUCGACUUGCAUCCGAGUCUCAGAUACCGCUACCGCUUCGGCAGCUGACGCUUGAAAGUCAUUAUCGAUCUUCUCUCUCCACAGUCGUGCUGAGUGAAGUCUUCCUCCUCUUGCUGUUAACAUCGUCGGUUGCCGACCCAGCGUCGUGCAAGCCACAGCGGCUGUGAGCUGCAACCCAGUUGUAACGACACUCCACGCACACUGCGACCUUCGCUAUCUUUCAUACUUGCGUCUUAUAUCCGUUUUUUCCACUUGACACAAGGAAUUUCCUCGUGUCACAAGGCGGGACUUUUUCUGACUGACAAGGGUGACCCACCAAACCUAGAUGAGAUAAUUCCCCGUCCGGAAGUAUUUCAUUCCCCUUUACCCCUACUUCACAGGCAACCAAGAUAUUCUUCUUCACCACAAGUUCGGCUUUCUCGCUUCAUCGUGUGUCUCGUAUCUCUCCCGCAUGCGAUCUAGCAUCACAUCUUCAGCCGGCGAGGUUCCGCCCUCUCGGGCGCCUCGUUGAGUUCUAUACAGGCACCCUGCUCAUUCGCCACGGGAGAGACGCUCUCGCUGCUGCAAGCGAACAUCCACUGGGGCGUCUGCCUCCCAAGAGUUCCAUCCAUCCAAAAGGUCCCUGUGAAAAGCUUUCCGGCUGAACUUUUCUCUCCUUCGGAGCUUUCAUGCCUAAUUACUACAGGCACUGCCGCCGCAAAAGUCCCCGUCCUCAGCGUCAAGGAAAACGAGUGACUACUCCACAAUCAGUGAAGACCCACCCCGUUCUCGUUCUCCCAACGCGGAGACUUGCUCGCUCUCUUUGUGUCCUUUCUCCCUCCAGCUUGUCUCACGCUCUUCACCGCCUCACACUUGUUUUUAACCGCAUUCUUGGCCUUUGCCUGUGUUUGUGAUCCCUCUUCUCCCGUGCGUCUCCUUGCAAGAAGACAAGUGAGAAACUGUUGCGGUACAAAGGAAUGACGGACGACGGACAAGAAACGCUCUCGGAGUCGCAGGCCUAAAAAAACAGACGUGCUCUGCUUCCCGUCAACUCGCUCUUGGUCCGCUGCAUGCAGCCGAGAAGAAAUCCGGCAACUGAGCUGGAGUCUGGUGGCUGGCCGCGCUCGCACGGCUUGCGGCCCGGCCAGGAGCUGCAGUCGGGUGGGAAUGCUCUCUAUCGGGACUCUGGAUCCAGUUAAAGAGCAUGGAGCCCUCAGAGCAGACAUGUCGUCUCCUCUGCCUUCGCGGUCGUCCUGGGUCCCCGCCCGGCAGGCAGAAGAAGGUCUGUGGAUGGGGGCGCUGAGCGGUUGCGUCGGCAGCGAUCUUUCGACAGCUAAAACGCCACACAGACGCGACCGGCGUCCGCGAGAAACGCCUGCAGAGGCGACGAGCGAGAGGCGCUCCUGUGGACAACCGGGAGCGGCGCCGAGUCUCCAGAGCGAAUCCGAAAAGAAGGAUGAGACGGUCUUCCUCGACCUCACAGUUCUUUCCUCCUCGGAAGGAGAGAGCCCGACGAGCACGAGCGGCCGACGCAUGCACGGGCAGUCGCAGUGUCUUAAAAAGAGAAGCUUUGGAGAGUGCGAAGGCGUGGAGAUCGACGGAAGCCAAACCAACUCGCUUCUGCGCAGUCUCUCCUUUCUCCGGAAGACCGAGAGGAAACCGGAGGUAGUGCCGAGAGCGUCUCCUCGUCGUGGAGAGACAGGCGAGCACGAGAGCGGGGAAGAAGACAAACAGACGAAGGACGUCUUCGCAGCGAACGUGCCGCGCGUCGCCCGGCGACCAGGCUGCCAGCAGGCGACAGAGAGCGGAGGCUUGAGGCGAAUGGAGGGAGAGCGAAGCCAGAAACGGCGGAAACGCAGGAACUUGGGAGGAGAGACCGAAGAAACUGAUUCAGCAAGGUCCGACGCAGAAGUUGCAAAGCGCCCGUCUCCAGGCGUUCGUGGCACGCAGUGCUGGGUUGACAAGUACGGCCCGCAGGUGGUGGAGGAUCUGCUGCAACCGCCUCAAAAGAUCCAGCAAAUGACCGAUUUCCUCAAGCCCUUUGCCUGCCUGUCGCCGUUUGCGUCUGCCCUUUAUCCUCCAGCUGCUGCUUCCCUGCCCAGAAGCGACAAGAACGGCAUCUCUUCUCCACGCGAUCGAGACGGAGACGCAGCUCCGCCACUGGGUCCUGAAAGGCUUGCUUCCCCGUUGAUCUGCGUCCUUCAAGGUCCUUCAGGCUGUGGCAAGUACUCCCUGGUCUCCACCGUCGCCGCCUCUCUGGGCCUCGAUGUGGUUGAGUGGGAAGAAGAGAUUCCCGACGUAUCAGCGCAGAGUGCUGGAGGAGGAGGAACCGAAGAAGUCUCAAACUCUUCCUUCGGGCUCUCGCUGCUUCGCUUUCUCUCCCAGGCUCAGUCGAAGACGCCACUCGCCACCUUGACGAUGCCUGCUGCCCUGGGGCGACUCCACGCCUGCGCGCGGCUUUCUCGCGAUGUCCGUACACCGAGCGACGACGGCGUGAGGGGCGCCGAAAAAGCCUUAGACGCAUGCAGAGCCCCGCAGACGGCGGCGAAGGCGUCAGGCGCUGCCUGGAAUGGUCUUCGCAUCGCGUCGAGUGUUUCCGACGAUGCGGAGACGAGAGGCUGCGACGGCCGCCCCUCCACAAGUUCCUCUUCUCCCUGCAACUCCAGCGACCGGAAAGCUCCCCACCUCACGCAGUGCGGUUCCGAGGCCUCACCGAAGCUUCCCAGGCACGUGAUCGUUCUCCGACACCUGCCAAUGACGCUCUUUCAGAGGUCGCCGGCAUUCGUUCGGAAGGCGGCUGCGUACCUCGAGAAUCUCCUCGCGAUGCACGCUGCGGGGCAGCGGGCGGCGCGCGGAACAGACGACGGGAGGACAGCGUCUUCGCGAUUUCAGCCGCUUGUCAUCUGCGUCGGAAGCUCGCGAGAAGAGAGCCAAAGCCUGCAGAAAAUUCUUCCCUCCAGCGCCCUCGGACACAACACAGGCGUCCUGCAUAUCAAAUUGAAUCCGGUGCCCACGGCCAAGCUCCGACAUUUCCUUUUGCGCGUCUUGAUGGACGAAGGCAUUCUGCCUCACGCCGCUUCGCGUUCCUCUCUCCCAGCCAGCAAGGUCUCUGCUCUCCUCGCCACGCUCCCUCCGUCUCUCGAUCUCCUCUCCAUUCUUCACCUCAGCAACGGAGACGUUCGACAUGCUCUCACGUCUCUUCAGUUCGCCGCUGCAGAUGCUUCCACCGCUCCUUCUCUUCCUUCCUCUACUUCGUUUUCUUCUUCAGUGGAAGACAUGAGAGGUGGGGAGAACGCGAAGGUUUCUCUUUCAGGCCUUGGAGGGGCUGCCGACCGAGAGAAUUCUCGUUCGCUGUCGGCGAAAAGUCGGCGAGAGAGAAACCGGAGAGACCGCCGGCGGGGCGGCGCCCUAGAAAGCUCUGGCCGGCGCACCGUGCCAGCGGAGACAACGGAGACAGGUGCGACGCCGGUUGCGGGGCGCGAAGCGGGAGAGCAGAGCUCGCUAGAGGGCGGCAAAGAUGGGCGGUGGGGACUCUUUCACGCCCUGGGGAAAGUCCUUUACAACAAACGCCUGAUCCGCGCUGAGCAGACCCGCCAGACGCCCAGCGAAACUGCAACGAGCAACACCCCCGACGGCCGCAUCCGCGACUCUCCCGCCACUCCCUACUCCUCUUGCUCUUCAUUUGUUUCAUCUUCCUCCUGUUUGUCUUCGUCUUCUUUCGUGUCUUCUUCCUCUCUCUCUUUGUCCCAUUCCUUUUCACCCUCUCCAUCGCUUUCUUCUUCUUCUGUCUUCCCUUCUUUUUCCUCUUCUUCUUCGCCUUCUCGUUCCUCUCCUGCUCGCUCGGCUCCGCUUCGUUCUGGGUGUACAGAAUCUCUCCGGUCGAACCUGUCUGCAUCCAGGAAGGACAUCUGCGACCCGCCCGCGGUGCGCUCGACAGACGUCGCUUCGACUUCCCUUACUGCCGUGCGUCCGUUGUGUGUUUGCCGCGUUUUCCCUUGCUGCGACGUUGGAGAUAACAAACUCGACACCGAGAGAAGAGCAGCAGAAAUCAACGCAGCGCGCCCUGAGAAAGAGGAAGUCCUCCGAUCCCGUCCAGGUGUCUAUACAGCUGGUCCAUCCACUGGGGCGGCAGAGCUAGCGGACCUCGAGCUCGCCGAUUUAGACGAUAUCUUCGACGCAAUGGAUUUUCUCUCGGACUUCGAUGGAGAUACAGGACAUCCCUUGGUCUCUCCGGUUUCGUCUCUCUGUUCGGCGUCUCUGUCUCUCUCUGCUUCCUCGCCAUGCGCCCCCCUUCUCUCUUCUCCCGCAUCGCCUUGUUCGUUCUCGCGUCCGCCGCUUGCCUCUCUAGAGUGUCUCUCCGUGUCUCCUUCUGCUGUCUCAUCCUCGUCGUCUGCGUUUGGAGGCGCCUCCGCUGCUGUUUCAGCUUCUACGUCUUUGUCUUCUUCCUUUCAAGUUUCCUGUUCGUCCUCGUCGUCGUCUUCCUCUUUGUCUUCUUCCUCUUCUUCGUCUCCCUCUUCUUCGUCUUCCCUUUCUUCCUCGCUUCCUCUCUCGUCUUCUGUCGCUUCGUCUUUGCCGUCGCAAGCGCCGCUGUCUGUCGGCUGGUCUGCGCAGGAUGCGUUCCGGGUGAGCCGCUGGGCCUACGGCUGGCAUGCACUUGACGAGGAGCCGCCUGAGCGCGCCCCGGAGGGAGGGCGUUGCGCAUGUCGGCUUGUGCUGCGAAGGGAAGAGGCUACGGUGACGCGGGAAGAAGCGGCGUGGAUUGCCGGAGGAGACAGUCUACAUGCAUAUGCCCUCUUUGACGGCCUCUGUUCGUCUUUUCUCUGGCCUCUUCGCCCUCGUACGCUUCUCCCUUUCUCAAGGCCAUCGACAGCGGACAGUCCCCUUCCGACGCCUCCGUCGUCGUCGGCCUCUUCCGUCCCUUCUAAAGCACUGCCUUCCAGUUCGCGAUGCUCGUCUUCUCUGUCUUCUCCUACGCUGUCUUCCUCUUCCGAGUCGUCGUCUGCAGCGGUAGUUGCGCAUGCACCCUGGCAUCUUUUGUUUCGAAAGCCAACUCGGCCUGCGCUGUAUUUUUCUCCGGAGAAGCUUCUGGAGGAGACACCUUGCGACUUGGACCACUUCGCUCUGCUUCUCCAGGAGAACUUUCUGUUCUUCUUCUCAGACGUCGUCGACGUCGCUGCCGCGGCUGCACACCUCGCCGACGCGGACGCCCUCUUCGGAAGGACCGGCUUGUACUUGGGGCAGGGCAUGGCGCGCGACGGGGACCCAGGGACCCCACAUCUGUCGCUGCUGCGUUCUUGGUUCUUCGCCCUGGUCGCGAGUCGAGGGAUCCUCGACAGCAACACUCAUCCGUGCAGCCCAGGAAGCUGGCCCGAGUCGGGGCGCGCUGCUGUCUCGAGGCUUCCCCCCAGCUUUUUCUCUUUCAAAAAAAGCCGAGCCCUCGUGCUUCGGCGGCAGCUGUCCACCAGGAUCCACGUCUGGUCGACCUACUGCGCAGGCGUGCAGCGAGGCCUCGGGGACCUCGUAAACCAAGUGCACGGAGCGGAGCCGACGGCGGGAGAGCCAGCAGACAGACGUUUCGACUCUCUGGAUGUCGUGGCAGAAAAAAGUGAACGGACGGUGUCCGACAGGUGCCAAGACUGCGAAACGAAUGCCCUCUCGCUUCCGCCGAGCAGCCACAGUCUGCGAUGCGGCCCUCAAACUGAGCGGCGCUGCACUGGCGACACUCGGCAUGCGUCGGGUGUACAUACACCCGACAUUUGUCGCCCGCCGAGCGAGCCGGGCGCGGGACGAGGCCAGAUCACUGUGGAUGGCCUGACGGCUCUCUCGGAAGGUAGCGAGAGGUGCCAAGGCGCUAGCCAGCAGACGCGAUCGAGCGCGGACAAAGGCAGCAGAGGUCCUGCCGGGCUUCGAGGGAACGGAGAGGGUGACAAGGCCGUCGCCUACAUGAAGACAAUGUGGCGGGGGAUGCACGGUGUUUUCGGCCUCUCAGCUUCGCGGUUUUUCACAGAAGUUUUGCCUUUCGUCACCAAUCGGGAGAGGACGCUGCAGCGAAGAGAGAAAACGACGCCGUGGCCUGCAGCGCGAAGAUCCGGCGAACGAGCUGCCGCUCCGAUGUGCGUAGACCCCCACGCCGCGAGUGGAAGGUGUCACCGGGUGUCUAGACACCCCGAGGAGAGCGAGUCGCGCGGCCAGCAGGCGGCUGCUGGAGCCGGCAAGGAGAGAGAAACAGCCAGCCUGUUUAGUCGAGGCUGUCUGGACUAUCUCUGUGGUCUGGAAGCGCCCAUUCUUGAGUGGCUAAGGUUUCGUGAGUCCUGGGAGAAAUGGGGACGUCCCGGAGGCUCUCAGAGGCUUUCUGGAAGCGCCCGUGAGCCCUCGCAACGCCGAACGCUAGCCGUGGAAGCCGAGGACGACGAAGAGGAGCCCGACGCUGCUGAUGCUCUUCUGGAAUCUUGGGGAGGCUUCCUGCCUCUGCCGGCGUCUCUCCAGGCGGCCAGAGACAUGCGACGCAGUGUAGGCACACCCGGCCAACUUGCAGGCAAACCAGCGACAGCACCAACGCUUUCAGGUUUCUCGCAUCGUUCACUUUACGCCUCCAGAGAGAGGACAGACAUGCUGCUCUCCGCAGAACAGAGGCCGCCGAGCGUUUCUACUUGGCAGUGCGCAAGUGACGAAAGAAAGAUCGGAAGCGCAGUGCAAAUUCUAAGCGAAACUGAAGACGAUGACAUCGAAGAUGCGUGACCUCAAAAGCGAUGCUGUGCUGCCGGAGGGAGCAUUUUGACACAAAAUGCGGAAAACACAGUCGCAGAAAACCCAUGCGAAUCUGUGUAUUCAUAUAUAUAUAUAUAUAUACAUGUAUGUGUGUAUAUGUAUGAAAAUGUAUAUAUAUUUGCGUGUGAAUAUUUCUGCACGCGUCCCUGUUAUACCCGUAGAGAGGGAGAGAUGCACCCAAUCUCCGACACAGCGGCUUGGCUGUCUUCGCCUUCCUCAGCUGCCCGUAGAGCGUGGAGCUGCGCAGUGGCCGGAAGAGAUUUUUUCGCGUUUCUUCUCUCGGUAUCUCUACAUGUUCAGAUAUACGUAUGCAUCUACAUACGCAUACGGGUGGCGUCUCUCCCUCCCUCGCUGCACAUAUGGACAUAUUCAUAUGUCUGCAUCUGCAUAUAUACACAAACCUCGCUGUGGAGGACUGUGGUGGUCGUAGAGAGAAGCGAUCCCGGAUUGAAAAAAGCUUUUUCCCCCCAAUGUCUUGGCAGCUCCUUCGGCAGCUGGCAAGGCUCCGCUGGCGCCUUCGGUUGCAUGCAUUUGUUUUUAAGGUAGAUAUGUGUUGCCGGAUUCUCAGUCUUAGCCGCGGUUUGUUCUCCGCAAAUAGGUCAGCGAGAGGGAGACUUUGGGACGCCAUCUGAAUUUUCGGUUUUCACAUGCAGCCGCAUUGCAGCAGCGCCCGUGAGCAGAACGCGGCGGAAGUGUGUCGGGUGUCUGCGGG